ACAUUUCAUGAGAUCUGAAAUUUUUCUUGCCUUUACUUCUAGAGACAUUUGUUCGAAAUCAUCAAGGAAAUCAGAAGUUUUCAAAAAUCACGAGAUGAAUUCAAUUUUAAUUACUGGAUGCAAUCGAGGCUUAGGUUUGGGACUUGUUAAGUCUCUCAUCAAACACGAGCAGACACCGAAAUUUAUUUUUGCUACUUGCCGUAGCUUGGAGAAAGCCGAUGAAUUACGAGAAAUCUCGAAAAACAACAGCAAUGUUCAUGUUUUGGAGAUUGAUUUAAAAGAUUUCGAUAAAUACCAAAGUUUGGUUGAGCAAAUUGAAGGAAUCGUUAAAGAUGAAGGCUUAAAUGUUCUCUUUAAUUCUGCUGGCAUCAGUCCCAAGUCAUCAUUCCUUGGAUUAAAAGCUUUGAAAGCCAAUGAGUUAAUGGAAGUUUAUCAAGUUAACGUUGUUGCACCAUUGAUGUUAACUAAAGCACUUCUUCCAUUGAUGAGGAAAGCUUCAACAGCAAAGAAAGAAGCACCUUUGGGAGUUCAACGAGCUGCAAUUGUAAACAUGAGUUCAAUACUUGGAUCAAUUCAAUCGAAUAAUGACGGUUCUCUCUAUCAUUAUCGUGUGACCAAAAGUGGAUUAAAUGCCGCCACAAAAUCCUUAAGUGUUGAUUUGAGGAAUGAUGGAAUCAUCGCAGUUAAUAUGCAUCCGGGUUGGGUUAAAACUGACAUGGGAGGACCAAAAGCACCAAUGGAUGUUGAACAGAGUUGUGAUGCUAUGGUAAAAACAGUUUUUAAUCUUAAUAAGUCACACAACGGAGGUUUUAUUCAGUACGAUGGUAGAAGCUUACCUUGGUAAGCUACCUAGAAAAAAUAAUCACAAAUAAGUGCAAAUGUAUUGAAAGAAAAGUAAUAAAUGAGGGUAA